AUGAUUCUGCUCUCCUUCGUGGGACCAGCGGCGCGGUGUGAGUUUGGACUUUCAGCAGCAGAGGAGAGCCUCAUAGCGAGUGUGGUGUUCCUGGGUGUAUUUUUGGGCUCCUACGUGUGGGGCCUCGUGGCAGAUGCCUACAGCAGAAGGAGAGGGUUCACCAUGACACCGCUGCCCUCUUCACAAUCAGCCACCUCUCGUCUCUCUUGCUCCCAUGCUCUCAUCUUCUGUCUGUCCAUAUCAGGGGCUCCUACGUGUGGGGCCUCGUGGCAGAUGCGUAUGGAAGGAGGAGGGGGUUCAUGGCCUCUGCUCUCUUCAACUCAAUUGCCUCGUGUUUCUCUGCCUUUCCUUGUCUCUCAUCUUCCUUUUCACUCAUCUUGCAUCCGCAAUGCCAGGGGCUCCUACGUGUGGGGCCUCGUGGCAGAUGCCUAUGGAAGGAGGGGGUUCAUGGCCUCUGCUCUCUCAAGUGAAACACCUCAAUCCAACGGCAUCUCGUCUCUCUUCCUCCCAUGCUCUCAUCUUCUGUCUGUCCAUAUCAGAGGCUCCUAUGUCUGGGGCCUCGUGGCAGAUGCCUACGGAAGGAGGAGGGGGUUCAUGGCCACUGCUCUCUUCACUCUCUUCGCUGGCUUGCUCAGCCAAUGCGACCUGACGUCUCCCAUCCUAUAUCCUUUGCGUGGUCACCCACCUUCCUCGCCCUCCUCAUCUCUCACUGCCUUGUGGGGUUUGGCAUCGGAGGGGCUUCUGUGCUACUCUCUCACUCAGUAUUCUCCUCUCCUCUUCCCUCUUCCCUCCACCACACAGUGCGUGGUCGCCCCACCGUCCUCACUCUCCUCAUCUCUCGCUGCCUUGUGGGGUUUGGCAUCGGGGGGGGGGUGGUUGCCGAACAUCCCCUCACCAUCCCUCCCUUCCUUCCCCCACACCACACCACACAGUGCAUGGUCCCCAACCUUCCUCACUCUCCUCGUCUCGCGCUGCCUCGUGGGGUUUGGCAUCGGGGGGGCAUCCGUGGUCUUUUCCCUCUGCUCCGAAUUCCUUCCCUCCCACUGUCGGGGUUUCUGGCUCGUGUUUAUCGAGUUCUUCUGGACGAUUGGGUCGCUAAUAGAGGCGGCGCUUGCUUGGGCAGUCAUGCCGAGCCUACACUGGAGGGCCCUAGUGCUCCUCUCUGCUGCGCCCUUUGCUCUUCUGCUGCUGCUCUACCUUCCUUCCCCAGUCACAAUACACCUUUCUCCUCUUGCUCCUCUCCCUCCCUUCCUCUCCUUUUUUCCCACCCUGUGUCUGUCUCGUCCUGUCUCCCUCCCUCCCUCCCUCUCGUCUUGCCUUCUCUCCCCUUCCCUUACCCUCCCUGCCCAUCCCUUCCCCUCCAUGCCCCUCCCACCUCUUGCCUCUCUUCCAGCGUUUUAG